AUGGCGACUAGUACAUCCGCUUCACGACUACAAAGUCCGGGCGACCGCAAUCUGAAGAAUGUCGUACUAGGAGACCUCCUUUUCAAGCCAUGGUACCAGUCUAUCUACCCGGAAGACUUGGUCGCCAAAGACGCCGAUCGCCUAUAUGUUUGUCGCUGGUGCUUUCGAUAUUCGUGUGACGCGGAGACUUUUGCGGCACAUACUCAAGUUUGCGAGCAUCAUAUAACACCACCCGGCACGAAAGUGUACGAACACGGUGGAUACGCGGUAUGGGAGGUUGACGGGGAGGAACAUAAGCUCUUUGGCCAGAACCUGUCAUUAUUCGCGAAGCUAUUCCUCGACCAUAAGACCGUCUUUUUUGAUGUCGCAACGUUCCUCUACUAUAUACUCACCUAUACCGACCCCGAUAAUGCUGAGAACUACCAUGUGCUCGGCUUUUACUCCCAAGAAAAGCUCUCCUGGGACGCGAACAAUCUCGCCUGUAUCUGUGUCUUCCCACCUUACCAACACAGGCAGUUGGGAAAACUCUUGAUGGGGGUGAGUUAUAAACUGAGUGGCUGGGAGUCGCCUGGUGGAUAUAUCGGUGGUCCAGAGAAACCACUGAGUGAUCUGGGCCAAAAGAGCUACAAUCGAUUUUGGUCAGAGCGAAUCGCGAGAUAUUUCCUACGUGGUAAGCAUGGAGAAGAUGCUGAAGUAAUUCCACACAAGCCAAGCACCCCGUCGAAACGCAAGAAACCCCAGCGUGAAACCAUGACCGUCGAAGAGAUCGGACUUGCCACUGGAAUGUUGACAGAGGAUGUUAUUACUGCAGUCAAAAGUAUGGGUGUUGCUCAACCCGAGAAGAAGCGCAAAAUGAGCCGGCUUAUGGGAGAGAAUGAAGCUGAACAGGGCCCGAAGAUGAUGAUCCGUAAGUCGGACGUCUGGAAUUGGGCCAAGACAAAUCAUCUUUCACUAGACGAUCCUGUGAAAGAAGAGGGCUUCGUGAGGAAAUUGCAGUCCACGGGUAGAUCUGAGAAUGACGACGACAGUCUGUCUGAGUGA